CACACUGUUUAGCGGCUGCCAUGAUUUGGCGUUUGUCUUGUCAUCUAUUAGUGUAUCGUCUAGAAAAUUACGAAAAUGGUUUAUGAGAAGUUGUACUGGGUGCAAGUGUUUUUAGUAUCAAUACUAAUAAGUUCUAUUCUAGCAGAAUGGAACACAAGAGACUACAUCAGACGAGAGCACUCUCUCACAAAACCGUACCAAGGGAGUGGAAUGUCGGUGCCUUAUUGGGACUUCUUAGGUAGCACUAUUGUGACUUCAAAUUACGUGCGUUUAACGCCUGACCUGCAGUCGAAGUCAGGAGCGAUAUGGAAUACUGUGCCCUGCCAAACCCGCAACUGGGAGCUACAAGUCCAGUUCAAAGUCCACGGGCGCGGCAAAGACCUGUUCGGCGACGGGUUCGCGAUAUGGUACGUGCGCGAGCGCAUGCACAACGGUCCCGUGUUCGGCAGCAAGGACUACUUCGAAGGCCUCGCUAUUAUAUUGGACACGUACAGUAACCAUAAUGGUGCUCAUAAUCAUCAGCACCCGUACAUAUCGGCUAUGAUAAACAACGGGUCGCUGCACUACGAUCACGACCGCGACGGCACGCACACGCAGGUCUCCGGCUGCGAGGCCAAGUUCAGGAACUACAACCAUGAUACACACAUCUCCAUCACUUAUAUGGAUGAUACGCUUACUGUAUCAACGGACUUAGAAGGCAAGAACGCUUGGAAGGAGUGCCUGAAGGUGGAGAACGUGUUGCUGCCCACCGGGUACUACUUCGGCGCGUCGGCGACUACCGGCGACCUGAGCGACAACCAUGAUAUCAUCGCUAUCAAGAUGUUCGAACUCGAUCUAUUGGAGGCUCAAAACAAAGACGAAGACCGUUCAAAGAUCAUACCAUCAGCAGCAUCAUUCGAGGCACCACGUGAAAGAAUCGAUGACUCCAAACCAGCGAUGUCGGGAGUCAAGACCUUCCUGUACAUGAUGUGCAUAGCGAUAGUCAUCAUCGUUCUAGUGGUACUAGGUAUCAUGUGGUACCAGAAGAGACAGGAGCAGAGCAGAAAGAGGUUGUAUUGAAAAGUGUUUUAAAUAGCUUGGUUUCAAAGACAUUCCGUUUUGGUUGGGUUUGUUGGAGCUGUGGUUGUUUCAUUGGUAACUGAAUACUGAAGCUUGGAUUAAUUUUGAGUAACUUCUGUUGUUUCAAUACCUUAGCUCAGCUCUUACAAAAUGUAUACAUAAUCCAUCGGUCAUUCUGAAAAGUCUAUAUAUAUUAAGGAUAAGAAAAAUUACAAAUAGGAAACACCAUAUUAUCAUAAUGGAACAAUUAUAGCCUUAACUCAUCACAAUACAGCUCUACAACUCAUUUCAAAAUAUGUUCAGUCCAGUCGUUAUAAGUUUAUGGAAUGUCUAGAAAAUAUGGAUCUAUAAGUAUUGUUAAAAAAGUUUCUCGAAAAUGUAAACAGCGAAAUACUUGAGGUUGGUAAUCUUAUAAGAUGUGGGCUGUCUAUCCAUUGAAGCGAAACAAUGUCGCAGAACGUAUAAAUACUUACUAAUAAGGUUGUAUACCUGGUGAGGAAAUGAGAUUGAAUGCAAUCCUAUUGAUUUUCUUUGUACUCAGCUUUGCUCCGCUUCAAUAGACAGGCAGCUUAGGGCCGAUUAUUCAAUCGUCAGCUGUUAAAUUUACUUUAAUUCAUACCAUCUAACGAUCGAACAAUUGGCCCUUACAAUAACAAUAUCUGCCAAGACCAAUACGAGACCUAAAAGACUUAAUAUAAAUCUAUUAUUCCAAAAAUUAAAUGUUCUAAAAAUGUUACCCUAUACUGUGUUAAAUUGGUCUCCAUAGACUGUUAUUAGGAAUUGUAUUUAAUAAAAACUUUGUAAUUCUAUUUUCAAACUUUAUCUUUCUUUUUACGAGAAUGGCUUUUGUCAAUAUUACAACUAAAAAUAACACCAGUGCACAACUAAGCUACAGAUUACUAAAAUUAAUAUUCGUCCUGCUUGCCUGCCACCUAUUCGAUGCAUAACCAAAAUUUCUACAGCUAAUUACGAUGCUAAAACUUAUUUAAGAUUUCAACGUUAUUUGUAAAGUAUUAAGGGUGUUUUUGUUUGGUUACGAGUUAAUUAAUAUCAUGACAAUUCUCUUUUAUCUCUGGUUUAUUUGUCGUCGGUUAGGUUAAAGGGUCAUAGUCAAUAAUAGUCCUCUAUAACCAUAUUAUUAUUUUUAUAUCCAAAAAUUGGACUGCAUUUUUAGUAUAGAUAGUUUUUUAAGAUGACAAAUAUUUAAGCAAUUAAUUAUUCAUUAUUAUAAAGAAACGAUAAAACUUAUUUUACGUUGUAUGUUUGUCUAAUAUUAAAUGGUCAAAGUAUUGGUAUAAACAUAUCAUUUUAAUUAUGUAUUUGUUAAUUGAAAUGCUUUCCAACCUUUGGAUUAGAUAGUUGUUACAUAAACCUAAGUACAUAAACUUUAUGUAAAGUCAACAUUUAAUAUUAUAACAUGUGUUUUUGCUACAUAAAACUCGGUAAUCAAUCUCGUAAUAAACCUCUUAAGCUUUAUUUACCGUACUCCAAAACCAAUAUGAAAGAUUAAUGUAGAAAAUCAAUUUGAUUGGCUCUGAUUGGCUAAAUGAUAUUGGUGAAUGUUAUAAUAUGCUUCCAUCACAAACAUUUGUUGUAAGAUUAGCAUUAUAAGACAAACUCAGGAUGUCAAAUAUAAGACAUAUGUUUUUUAUCUUGCCAAACCCAUUUGUUUUGGCUUUUAUAUUAUCAGCAGCUGAAAAUGUUUCCAUAGCAGUGCAUUACGCAUAUAUCUCAUUCUACCCCAAUAGGGGCAAGUAAAAAUAUCACUUAAGCAUCGCACUCUUAAUCAAAUGCCUCUUCUCACACAGAAGAAUCAUAAAAAAUCUAUUCUCUAUUCGAGAAAGUAAUUGUGUUUGUUAUCAAUAAUUUAACGUUAAGUUGGUUACAUUUGAACGAUUUUACACGAGAUUUCGAUAAUUCAAGUAUUUAUUUUAACAAUAAUUAAGUUCCUUUUGCAAUAUUCCGUUUAAAAUCGUUCAAAAGUAACUAUAUCAUAUUAUUACGUGAACGAGUGAUGUAUGUGUGUUUAAUAAAAAUGAUUUAUAAACUUUUCA